AUGAGAACAUUGUGCCCUAAUGUACCCUAAGCGCGGUUUCACACACACCGAUAUUAUCGGUGUCGUUAUCGGUAUCGGUAUCGGUUUGCCUAACAAAUACAUUGCCUUAAAUGAAUAGUUUUACACAAAAACCGACCCGAUAAAUAUAUCGGUAGCCGUGUUCGAUAUCGUUGCGUCUGUCGGAUGGUCGAGUUAAAAUCGGCCAGUAAAUUAUCGCCCGGUUUAGUACGCAAUGCAAACUAAAUAGGCACAUUCACACGUUCCGACUUGUCGUUAUCGGUGUGUCAUAUCACUUUUGAAACUCAGUGUCGCACGAGUAGUUUGGCGUAUUGACUGGUUGCUGGAACACGGGUUAUACUUAAUAUGAGUGUGACUAAAUUUAAUUGCGACAUUGUUACACUCAUUGAAUUGGUGGAAGCAAGGCCCUGUUUGUGGAAUAAAUUUUCCGAGACUUACAAAGACAAGAUAUUGAAAAAACGUGAGUGGAAAGAAGUGCAUAAAUACCUUGAAGCCAAUUUCGAUAAUUUAAAUGAACAAGAACAGCAAAAAAUUGGUGACGCUAUUACAACAAAGUGGCAAAAUAUAAGAGAUGCGUUUGUUAGAUCCCUUAAGAAAAAGAGUGGACAGGGUGUACAACGAAAAUAUGUUUACCAUGAUCAGCUGCAAUUUUUGUUACAAGUUAUGAAUAAAGAUGAAACGAUCUCUAGUAUUUCGGAUGAGGAAGUGCACCAAGGAGAAGAAACUGAAAAUUCAAAUGAGGUCCCACCUACACCAGCAAUAUCUAAAGCCAGUUCAAGAAGUUCCCAUGCAAGUAAAACUCGCCAAGGCCGCAAGAGGCUUGCAGACCCCAUUGAAUUGGAAAUUAGGAAAAAACUAAAUGAACCUUCCAAUGAAGAUGAGUCAUUCUUCAAUUCCGUUGUUCCUAUGAUAACAACAAUGUCAGAAGAGGAAAAAAUUGAGUUUAGGAUGGGAGUACUGCAGCUAAUUCAAAAAAUUAAACGAAAUCGUCACAUAAGCACCUCUAGCAUCACCUUUUCUACUUCUCCUGUGUCUGAUUUCUCUGCAGUCUCAUCUCCGUCAUAUACUAUUCUACAAGCAGCAAACCCAUCAACGACAAACUAUCCGUCGUUUUUUCAAGAAGGGUCAUAUAUAUCAACAAGUAGCACCUCACAAGAUGUUUCACAACAUUGCCAAAAUAGUGUAUGAAUUAUUUUUAUUGUCAAAGAUAAGUUUAUGUAAGAAUUUUUAUAUGUUACUUUAAAUGCAAAUAAAGAAUUUCCUUAAUCACUUACCUCAGUGUUAUUGCCAGCAUUUCUUUUGGAGGUACACAUAAUCUCAUUUGAGUAUCUUGUCUUUGUAAGCUACAUGAUAACUUUUCUAGUAAGUAGUCAAAUGUAGCUGUGCUCAUUCUGAAGUAGUUAAAAAACUUUUCAUCAUGCUCGCGCAAUUUUUCAAACAUUGUAUAAAAUGCUCCUUCUACAUAUUUUUGAGAUAAUAUGGGAUGGACCCAAUAUCGUCUUCGUCUUUUUUCUCGACACUUCUUUUUUCGCAAAUACAGCAAAUAUAAUAAAAACAC